ACCUCUAAUCCUGCGCUGGGACGGAUCGGCAGCUCACUUUCCACUGAGUGUCUGUGGGAGAGAGCGGCAGCAGAGAUCCACAGCGGCUCCUCUACAGUUGACCUGACUCUGGGAACAGUUAGUGGAGAAGAUGGCAAGCUCCUUCACCCGAAUACUGUCUGGCCGCAACACUGCGGUGCUGCUGGCAAGCCUGGGCGCCGGUACCCUGGCCACCGGUUAUGCCUUGAGUGACAGCGCGGUUGCUGAGGACAGGAGGAAGCUCUACCCCCCAAGCGCUGACUACCCCGACCUGCGCAAGCACAACAACUGCAUGGCAUCUGCGCUGACCCCUGCCAUCUACGCCCGGCUGAGGGACAAGGCCACCCCCAAUAACUGGACCCUCGACCAGUGCAUCCAGACAGGCGUGGACAACCCUGGGCACCCCUUCAUCAAGACCGUGGGCAUGGUCGCUGGGGACGAGGAGAGCUACGAGGUGUUUGCAGAUAUUUUUGACCCAGUCAUCAAGGAUAGACACAACGGCUAUGAUCCCAAAACCAUGAAGCACCCGACUGACCUAGACAGCUCCAAGAUCACCUCCGGGUUUUUCGAUGAGCGCUACGUCCUGUCGUCCCGUGUGCGGACGGGGCGCAGCAUCAGGGGGCUGGGCCUGCCCCCUGCCUGCUCCCGCUCGGAGCGGCGGGAGGUGGAGCGUGUGGCCGUGCAGGCGCUGUCCGGCCUGAAGGGCGACCUCACCGGACGCUACUACAGCCUGAGCGACAUGACGGAGCAGGAGCAGCAGCAGCUCAUCGACGACCACUUCCUGUUUGACAAGCCUGUGUCCCCCUUGUUGACGUGUGCAGGGAUGGCCCGUGAUUGGCCGGAUGCCAGGGGAAUCUGGCACAACAACGAAAAGACCUUCUUGAUCUGGAUCAAUGAGGAGGACCACACCCGAGUCAUCUCCAUGGAGAAGGGGGGGAACAUGAAGAGAGUGUUUGAGAGGUUCUGCCGAGGACUCAAAGAAGUGGAGCACCUAAUCCAGGAGAGAGGCUGGGAGUUCAUGUGGAAUGAGCACCUGGGCUACAUCCUGACUUGCCCAUCAAACUUGGGCACAGGGCUGCGUGCAGGGGUGCACGUCCGCUUGCCAAAGCUCAGCAAGGACCCACGUUUCAGCAAGAUCCUGGACAACCUGCGGCUGCAGAAGAGAGGUACUGGGGGCGUGGACACCGCUGCUGUGGGCGACACUUUCGACAUUUCAAACCUUGACCGUCUGGGAAAAUCUGAGGUGGAGCUGGUCCAGCUGGUGAUUGAUGGUGUCAACUUCCUGAUUGACUGUGAGAAGAAACUGGAGAAGGGCCAGGACAUCAAGAUCCCUGCCCCCAUUGUACAGUUCAAGAAGUGAGCCCCGAUGUCAUGACAGCUACGGUGACCUGUACUGCCAGGAAAUGCACUUGCCCUCUGGGCAAAACUAAAGGUCUUAUAUGUACGACAUCCUCAAUAAACAAUUCU